GUUCAGUUUUGAGCAUCCACUGACGCGGUGUUUUCUCGCGCACACCGCUAGCCACGCUUUUGGUUCCUUCCGCCAUGUCUGCGUCAAACCCCAUCAGGUGGAGCUAUGACACCUUGGUGGAGUCCUUCGAUGUCUAUCACGCAGGACCCGAUCCACCUCGAGGUCUUCUUGACUUCUCGCAGCAGUUAUCUUCCUUCCGGCCGGAAAAAAGAUCUACAACGUCAACCAAAAAGAUGAAGACAGAGAAAGUUCAGGUCUCCAAAACAAAGAGUCCACAAGCUCCCGAGCUCCGAGCGCCACGGAGCUCUGCCCGAGUUUCUGAGCUUCCCGCGCGAAAGCGGCCAACAGGCCGGAACGGGCCUGUUCCAAAGGCUUUUGAACUGCAGCCCACACAGCUGCCGGACGAAGUGCCUGAGGAGGCCGACAUGGAGCAAUUGACGCCUGAGCAGUAUGCGGACUGGAUGAAGUACUACAGAGAGUGUGCAGAGUAUUUCGAAGAAUGUGAACGGAACUGUGCUGAACAGGCUGGAAUGGAGCCCCCGAGGAGCUGGAAGCGUUUGUGAUCUUCGGAAAGUAUUUUUGGCUCUGGUCAAAGCGGUACACACCAGGCGAGCACAACCUGGACUGGCUCCCAGUGCGAGUGCUUCUUCCAGGCCGCAGGCGCCGCAGGCACCGCAGGUAAACGCUUCGCCGUUCCCUUUGAAUGGCAAGGCCUUCGACUCUCCCAGCUGGGCUUCUUUGAUGCCUCCUCCGCUGCCGGAGGGUGCCCCUUCGCCAGCACCCUUGCUACAAGCGCUGCAGACACUGCAGCUCCUGCAGCAGCAACAACAACUUCAACAGUUGCAGCUACAAUCAGUUCAACAACUUAUCUCAGGGAGCUUGCUCAGUGGCAGCAUGUUCGGCAUGCCCUUGCCGAAACCUGAGGCUCUUGGUCUCAACAACGAGACUUUGAUGAAUCUCCUGAUGGCCUGGUAUUAUUCCGGGUAUUAUACUGGAGAGUAUGCUGCAAAGCAAGGCAAGAUUUGAAUGGGUGUCGUUACAAUGGUGUUGGCCAAAAAAGAUCCGGGUCCACCGGGUGGUUUUGGCAGACAUGGCUGACAGAGCUCCGU